CACACACACAUGCCCAGAAACCCCUCCUUCCCGCUUUAGCCAGUUUGCCUUCCUCUGCUACAACCAAGCUCCCUCCGUCUUUGGUUCAGCCUGCUGGAGCUACUUUUACAUUUAAAACAGGAGUACCACAUCUUGCUGGUUGAUGAUUCAAAUGCUCAUCCAGCAAAAGUCCGCCAGAAAAGGCACAUGGGGUUUGAAGUCUCUCUGAGUUCUGGUUGGGAUAACAGGAAGGAUCGAAAGGAAUCAAAGCACAAAGCAAGAGGGGAGUAAGAGGACGUGUAUGUUGCCUCUUGCUGUAGUUUCUCCACCACUACCAUGAGCUGGAGUUUUCUGACUCGCCUGCUGGAAGAAAUCCACAACCAUUCUACAUUUGUGGGCAAGAUCUGGCUCACUGCUCUCAUUGUUUUCCGCAUUGUGCUAACAGCCGUAGGAGGAGAGUCAAUCUACUACGAUGAGCAAAGCAAGUUUGUCUGCAACUCAGCCCAGCCAGGCUGUGAGAACGUAUGCUACGACGCCUUCGCUCCACUCUCACACGUCCGCUUCUGGGUCUUUCAAAUUAUCCUGGUGGCCACCCCUUCAGUUAUGUACCUGGGCUACGCUGUCAACAAAAUUGCUCGGGCAGAGGAGAAGGCAGAAAGUGGGGGAGUGAAUGGAUUUUCCCAGAAGAAACCCAAGAAGCACUAUCUUGCAGGCAGAAAGCAGCACAGGGGCAUUGAAGAGGCUGAGGAUGACAAUGAGGAAGACCCGAUGAUCUAUGAAGUGGCGGAGGUGGAGAACGAUGAUGGUGAAGCAGAAAAGGGAAGCAGCUGUGAUAGAAAAGUAAAAGCCAAAGUGCGCCAUGAUGGGCGUCAUCGUAUCAAAGAGGAUGGAUUGAUGCGCGUUUACGUCUUCCAACUCCUGCUGCGCUCCUUGCUGGAGGUUGCUUUCCUCUGUGGUCAGUACGCCCUUUAUGGCUUUUCCGUUCCUGCCACCUACGUAUGCAAAGACCAGCCCUGUCCUCAUAAGGUGGACUGCUUUGUGUCGCGACCAACUGAGAAGACAAUCUUUCUCCUCAUCAUGUACACAGUCUCCCUGCUCUGUCUAGCACUCAAUAUAUGGGAGAUGCUUCACCUGGGCAUAGGUACCAUGUAUGAGAUAAUACACUCCCGCAAGACAGAGCUCUCCAAUGAGGAGCUCUACGGGCUGGCAAGAGGACAAGGCCCUCUUAACGAGGUGAGAUUGAGUGAGGAAGACUACAGCUCUUACCCAUUUUCUUGGAAUGCACCAGCGCCUCCACCUGGGUACAACAUCGCCAUCAAACCUCCUCUAGUAGGUACAGGGAACCACAACCAACCACUACCCAUCACUGUUCUCACUAAUGCCAAGCUGGCAUGUCAGCAGAAUCACGUGAACAUUCCCCAAGAGGAGCGUCAACAGAACGGCAUUAAUGAUGAAAACAAGUGCAGAGCUGGGAAGGGAGAUGCACCCAGGGCUGUUCAUAAGGACAGCGGUAGACCUCAGAAAAUCCUGGAGGGUGAUAAUCAGACCUACAUCCAGCUGCAGAGCCACACUAACAACCGCAGCAAGCCCCACCGUGAACGUAAACACCGGCAGACCAACAGACAUGCCUCCAGCAGGGCAGAUACAGACAGAGGUAGCAGCGGCACCAGCAGUAGCAGCAAAUAUGGAGUCAUUAAGGGUUCAGAGUGGAUUUGAAACACGACUAUGUAAAACAGCGUAGCUAUUUAGCUCAGUUCAGUAAAGAAGCUUUGUAUAGCAGGAAAAUAGAGUGGGGGAAAGUAUCAGAAAUAAUAUCUUGAAUACCUUUCGCGCUAAGAUUCUGGUGCCCUGUUUUUAUUUACCUUGAUUAAGCAGAGACUUUAAUGCUGCAAUUGAAAGUGCCUUACUUAAACCAUCUAAAAGCAGCUUCAUUCAAACUGAGCAACCCUUUAUGUUACAGAAUUAAAGUUUUUUUUUUCAUUGCCAUCUACAGUUAAAUAUUUGAAUGGUUUUGCUAAUGAAUAUUCAAAAUUGUUCUUCUUUUUCAGUUUCUUUUUGAUGUAGAUUGUUUUCCCACAAGCAAGAAAAAGGCUGUUUUCACAUAUGCACUGCAGCCCUAAACCGUAUGAAUCAUUAGACAUCGUCUUUAACAUGCCAGUUCUCUAGUACAAAAUGCAUGAUGUUUAAUUGUGCAAAAUCAAGAAUAGAGAAGCUAAUAUCCUGCUGAGUUCACAGCUAAUGAGUGGCCAUCCUGUUUUCUGUCUCCUGCACGCUAUAGUCAGGCAGUGCCCUCCUCACCACCACAGGGAGUAUUUCCGGUAGUCUAAAUGCAGCUGACUGGAAUGUCCUGCUGUCUGUUUUAUGUGCGUUAAAACAACAAUGUCCUGGUCUAAUUCUGCUGAAUUUUUUUAGAAGUUGUGUUUGAAAACAGCUGACAAAAAAAAUAACAGACAGCAUGUUUCAGCUGGUAAUUUCACCAUAUUUUCUUUUGGUAAUUUAAAAGCAUUCCCACUAUUUUUUGAGAAAGAAAAGAGAAGUUUUCAUUAUUGUUUCGAGAGGCAAACUAAAAAAAAAGUCAUAAAUAAUAUAGUACAGGUAGUACCUUUUUUUAACAUACUUUAUUUUCUCAACCAUUCAUCCAGUAGUAUACAUAAAAAAGAACGAGUGUAUCAAGCCUUUUAUAUGCUUCAUUCUUUUCUUUCUUUUAUCAAUCUUUUACUUUGAUUUCCAUAUUUUCAGUCUGAAAGGCCAUUUGUCAUUUGUUGUUACAGUGUUUAGUUUUGUUAAAAAAUAUUUUUAGGAACAAAAAGUGCAUGUUUUGAAUAAAGAGUUUGUAUUUGUC